AGAGCCCCGUCUGAAUUCUGGCGACUCUGCUGCAGCAACUCCCGAGAGGGCUGGAUAACACAUUCAAAAGGAGGCAAAAGGAGAAAGGAGUUCAGUGUGACUUACUGACGGCGAAACUCCUGGGAAGGACGGGAGAGAAGCAUUCUCCGAUGGGGAAUACGAAUGGAAAUGAACCAGAGUCGAAGAUGAAACGAGUUUCGCUUAAGGAGCUUGCCAAUUCGGCAUUGCAAUGGACUCUUUGGAUCCUUCUGUGUUUGAUAACCUUGGUGUUUUUUGGAACUCUGAUGAUCAUGGAUACUGGGUUGGGCCAGAAAUUGGUGCUGGAUUGGUUGGCUUUAACUCAAACAGAGGCGUGGGGUGAUUCUGGAGUAUUCAUCUUGUUAUUUUCCGGCCCCAUUUUCGCUCUCGUCUUUGUUGGUUCGGUCUAUUUGUAUCUCUACCCGAGAUCAAGUGGAAGAGUGCGCAAAAGGAAGGAAGCAAGACCCAGCUUAGGAGCUCACCCAGUGAUAGUGAGUGGCCCUCUUGGGGUAGUAACAUCAGCAGAACUUUUCUGGAUAAUUGGCAUGUUGUUAUUCGCGGCUUGGAUGCUGAUCAUCUACCUCGUGAAAACCUUUCCAUCUUUGGCCGAGCAGUAUCCGGAGGCUUCGACAGCUGAAUUAUGGCAAAAGAGAGUAAAAAAGAUUGGCCUUCGUCUCGGAUGGAUUGGGGAAAUUUGUCUCGGGUUGCUCUUCUUACCUGUUUCCAGAGGGUCCAUCUUGCUUCGACUGAUAGACAUCCCGUUCGAGCAUGCAGCAAAAUACCAUGUGUGGCUGGGUCACUUUACUAUGACUCUCUUUACGCUGCAUGGUAUUUGUUUCAUCGGUCCUUGGUAUUUUGAAGGCCGCCUUGACAAAAUAUUCCAUUGGGACCCUCAUCGGAUUGCCAUCUUACCUGGAGUAAUUGCUUUGGCCGGCGGGUUGCUCAUGUGGAGUACUUCCUUUCAGUACACGAGGACACGAGCAUUUGAGCUCUUCUAUUACACACAUCACCUCUAUAUUGUCUUUGUGGUGGGCAUGGUCCUUCAUGUGGGUGACUUUGUUGUCGGUGUAGCCUUCGCGGGAAUUUUCCUUUUUGCCUUCGACAGAUUUCUGAGGUUUUGUCAGUCUCGGAAAGAAGUAGGUGUGCUCUCAGCCACACUUCUACCAUGUGGAACAUACGAGGUUGUACUUCCAAAGACUGCAGAUUUGGCUUACAACGAACUCAGUUUUGUAUUUCUCAAUGUUCCAAGUAUAAACAGACUGCAGUGGCAUCCCUUCAGUGUCUCCUCCAGUCCUGAAGAUAGUCCACAUCACAUGAGGUUGUUGAUCAAGCCUUUGGGAACUUGGACUCGUAAGCUGGGAGAAGCAGUCAGCAAGGCUGCCAUUAGCAGAUGUCCUUUGAAGCUGAACGCGGGUGUUGAAGGACCUUACGGACAUGAGAGCAGCUACUUUCUUGAAUAUGAAGCUCUCUUGCUGGUAGCUGGAGGAGUUGGUGUGUCUCCCUUUGUGGCUGUAAUCAGAGACUUGCUUCACCGUUACAAGAGGAACGAGCCAGGAUUACCUCAUGAUGUCACAUUGGUGUGGGCUGUCAAAACUCAUAAAGAGCUUCGGAUUUUAGAUUCCUUACAGCCGAUUUUGACAUAUCCAGACUACGCCCUGCAUCUGAAGCUUAACGUCAAAGCUUAUGUGACAAAAGAAUCGUUAGAGGACUUGGAAAUUGGUGAAGACGAAGUUACUCUGACCCACCUAGAAACUAUGUACGACUCUACAGCAGAACAGAGAACAAUAUCUCACUUGGUGGGAUCAGGGAACAUUUUAUGGAUAUCUGCAGCUAUUGCCGCAUCGAUUUUUGGCUACAUUCUUUUUACGGGUUUGGUGGGGGUCUUCUACUUGUUUCCAAAGGACCACAAUAGUCAUAGUGUAGUCCCCUGGUGGAUCAGAGGGUUGAUUGUCUUGGCCGGAAUGGUCGUCGGCGUAUGUGUCUUUGGGGGAAGUGUGAUCUGUAUAUGGUAUCUGUUUGGAUGUACUUCAAAGAAGAAGGCGCGUAGAGAACGAGAUGAGAGCGGAUCCAGUGAAGCUUUACUUAACGGGUCGCAUGAAGAGUUUGAGAGUUGCAACAACUUCCGCGUUCAGAAACUGAUUCAACGCUCCAAUACAGUAUAUGGAGUGAGACCUGAUCUACAAGAUAUAUUUGACUCUUGUGCUAAGCGGUUCAGUGGAAGCAAUAUUGGAGUAUUAGUAUGUGGACCGGAAGGCAUGCAAUCUAGUGUUGCCGAACAGUGUAGAGCAUUCAACACCGUACUUCACCAUCGUCACCAAACGGGUUUCAGUUAUCAUUCUGUUAGCUUUGACUUGUAAGAGUGGUAAAGAUAGUGAGUUGUAUCAUAGCUUGUAUCGUUUGUCCGCAGGGUAUAAGACAUGGAGUAGACCAAGUAAAUUAGUUAGUUUAGUAAAACUGAAGUAAUGGUAUGUCCUGUGCCCGACAUAUUGAACUAAAGAACAGGGUCCUAGGAUAUUCAUCGAUAUAUAGAGUUCAUGAGAAGAAACAUGAAGUAAAGAAUCGAAACAUGAUGAAGUGGGUGUACAGUGGACAUGUGUUCCUUAUGUUAAUGCAGUAAAUCUCCUGCUUUUAUACUUUCCACCCUUCCUGCAAACGUUUUCAUAUUCUGCGCACAGUAAAGAUUUUAACGUUGCCAGAAA